UUCGGGAGCCGGCUUCUCUUCCAAUUCUAAUGCUGCUUCCAGUGCUAGCCCUAGGGACACUAAGUCAAAUGUCAAGAAAUGUACCGCUCUGGGGGCUCGAAACCUCUGGACUCAAAGUUGCUGUCAUUGCUUCUACAAUCAGUUCAUGUUCUUGGCUGACGUCAGUCGGAGCUGUCCUAGCGCUAUAUAAGGCUGGCGGCAGUCCCGGGACAGACCCUGUGCUCCCCAAGGAGCCCUCAGUCCAGCCCGAGGGACAGAGACUGGAGCUCCGUCUUGCAUCAGGCAGACACUCUCCGAUAACCUGGCCGGUGGCACCAUGAAGCAAGCGGGACGCGCGGCACUGCUGGUGGGGCUGCUGCUUCUGGCCCAGCUGCGUCCCGGGGGCAGCCAGUGGAGCCCGGCGGCGGCAGCUGGGACCGAGGUCCAGGACCCGAGUCUUCGAUGGAGCGCCGGGGCGCGGAACCAGGGUGGUGGGGCUCGCGCUCUUCUCUUGCUACUGGCAGAGCGCUUCCCGCGCCGCACUGGGCUCACCCGAUGGGGAUCCCGGACUGCAGGCGAGCGGCCACGACGCGACGACCCUCCACUGUCCAUCGACCUCACAUUCCACCUGCUGCGGACCCUGCUGGAGCUGGCCCGGACGCAGAGUCAGCGUGAGCGUGCGGAGCAAAACCGCAUCAUACUCGACUCUGUGGGCAAGUGAUCCGCCCAGUCCCGGACUGCGAAAACCUUGACCCCUUCCCCCACCCGGAGGCUGAAAGGUGCGCGACCGGAACUAACCCAGUCCCGCCAUGCAGAGUGGCCCAGAGACGCUCUGAGCACCUCUGCUUGUCUAUUUUUUAAUAAAAGUGCUUAAGAGCCUU